AUGCGUUUCAAAUCAACCAACUUAGAGAAAACCAACAACCUUCUUACGGGAACAACAAGUACCGCUCCGGCUAUAAGUCACAUUCUUAUGUUAACAACUAUCGCAAUAACAAUAAGUCCUAUGCCUAUCAAGACAACUACUACAAGAAACCAAAUAAGUCCAGAAAGUUUGAAGCCAAUUAUAAAAAGGCAAGAGAUCAGGGAAAGUAACUCUACGAAUUAUCAAUCCCCGACAACGACCACGACGAUGUCAAUUUUACCGAUCUCGAUGCUUCUGAAACCAUAUCUGAGGCUCCAUACGAAUCAGACAAUGACUCAAUCCCUGAAUCCUUUCAAUCAGACCAUUCAGCGAGGCAACCCAACGAUUAGAAAUGUUGCUGCUAUUGAUAUUAGUCAAGGUUUACCACAUGUCCUUCUUGACUCUAGAGCUGACGCAAAUUUUAUUCCCCCUCAACUAAGUACCCAGGGUAAAGUUACACCACUUGACAAACCAAUCAUAGCUACUACUGCCACCAACAAACGGCACGCCAUUACCCAUAGGGUCGAAUUUACCAUUACCCAACCCUUUCACCUCAAGUUUUCCGCCUAUGUUCUUCCCGGUGUCAAACGUAUUAUUUUAGACAAACCUACCUUGCGGCACCUCCAAUACCAAAUAAUACCCCAUGCAGAGUUCAUCACACUUGCUGGUAAAAGAUACAACUGUUCCCUUAAACGAUUCGCUAACAGUAUCUCCAUUUCUGUAUCUAGUAUCUCAACCCUCAACCAUGAGAGUUUACUCACUGCCAUAAAAACCAAAUACCCGUCCCUCACGGACACCACGCCACGAAAACCAAAGAACAGGGCCUUACAAAUACGACAUCACAAUAACCACCACUACACCAGUGAUUUCAAAACCAUAUUUCACCAAUGUCCAAGAUAA